AUGCCGUGUUCACUUCAAGCAAGGAUUUUUGCAUUCCUCUGUGCCAUGGCGUAUUUGGGCUCCAAAUCCACUACUACGGGAAUCCCAAUGGAUCUGUCUUGGGCUUACCAGGAGCCAUCGGUCCCCGAGAGAGCCGAAAUCGCCGACUUCGUGCAGGAAAUGCUGGUCGCCUUGACGAGUCUUCCCAAGAAGCCCCGCCGCACCCUCAUGGACACAACCGCCUCAUUCUAUCAGGUGGGACGCAAUGCAUCGGCCAUCCAUACACCCAUUGCAUGUCCACCAGCUUUAAACUGA